GGGCGUCGGGCCACUUGGCGAGUCGUCAAGGGCAGUGACACCCAUCCGCCCGUUGGUGUCUUCGCCUACAAUGCGGCAGAGGGCGACCGCAAGUGCUGCAAACAAUGAUGGGACUCCACCGGAAGACAUCGGGAGGCAGRCGUGGGAGAACUGCCGCCUACAGAUGCGGCGUGAUGCCACGGAGAACAUAACCACCGGUGUGUCCAGGCUUAGUGUGGGGAGCGACGUGGAUGCGGACGACARCCGUCGGGCGAGCGGGGACGAGUCUCCGGAUUSCCGUUACGAAGAGGACGUGGAAGACGGUGAGGGGCUGGAGAUCCGACCUGUGGCUGCGCGUGGUGGACGGARGGGAGGACGCGGACGUYAGCAGAGGGGCGAGUCGCGUGGUGGCCGAGGAUCGAGGGCUCCUGUGGGCGACAAGGGUGGAAAGCACCCAGCUUGGAGUGUGGAGGAGAUGUUGAAGCUCGCUCGAGCGAAGCGGGAUCAGCAAGCUCAUUUCGAGGGAAUGCCACACAACUACGGCCGCAUGCGCAACAGGGAGUGGAAGCUGCUGGACCUGCAGAAGCGGWUGGCGGAGGUCGGAGUGGACAGGACAACGGACGACAUAGGGAAGAAGUGGGACAACAUCUUCCAGCARUACAAGAAGGUGCAGCGUUACCAGAACAUGUCCGGCGGGAAGAACUUCUUCACAUUAACUCCUGCAACGAGAGCGGACGAGCGUUUCAACUUCCGAAUGGAUGARCGAGUCUUCWAUGAGAUCGACAACAUGUCGAAAAAUAACAGGACCAUCUACCCGGACAACGUGGCAGACACGAACGCACGCGGAGGAGUGCCGCCAGCRAUGGAUGGUCACCGCCAGUCGGCCGUUGGUGGAGAGUCCUCUGCUGGUGGAGAGGGGGGUGAUGGCGUUGACGAAGAUGUGGGUUCAGUGCAGGAGACGGGGUUCUGUGCAGGGAGCACGGGCACUCCAGYGAAGAGGAAGAACAUGCGGCAGCAGACCUUCGACGCCAUCGCCGAAGUCAUGGACAAACACGGUUCAUUGAUGGUGGACACGGUAGAGGGUGCGAGCAAACRGCAAUCAUCUAGAGUACAUGAUAAGGGGGAGGAAGAGGAAGAUGAAGAGGAGGAGGAAGACGAAGAGGAGAGAGACGAGGAAGAUGGCGAUGAGGAGGAGGAGGAAGAUGAAGAGGAGAAAGACGAGGAAGCUGGCGAUGGGGAGGAGCGAGAUGUCGGGUUACAGGACGAGGAGGAGGAUGAGGAAGAAGGCGCUGGGACGAAGACGAUGCUAGGAACUUCAAGGAAGAGGGCGAAGAUGUCGGCUUACAGGACGAGGAGGAGCAUGGCGACAAUGACAGGGGGGAGGUGGAGAAAGUAGACUUACCAGCGAUGGCGACUCUUGGCGAC